UGUCAGUGAAUGUUUGGUUCCUCCGGAGGAUCGUCGCUAGUGACGUUAUUGAAUGCGUGUGCUCUCGUGGUUUUACAAAGUAGUGGACCUUACGGUGUAGAUUUACGUAAAGCAGCAGCCUAUCUGAACGUACGUAAAUAGGAACUUUUUUUUAAAUAGAAACUUGUUUUGAAGUGACUAAAUUUUCCAUACAAUCCAACGGCAAUACAAAUACAAGAAAAGUUUAAUAGCUGUUGUGAGACAAUUAUAUCAUCUUUAGGAAUAACAGAAUAUACGAAGUUAGAAAAAUAAAUGAAAUUAAAUCGUCUAUAAGAGUUUUAUAUGAAAUUCCUUUACGUGACUGAAAACUAUACGGUGUUAUAACAUGAAAACUGAAAACUUGAAAAGGACGGUGCUAUAAUAUGAUAACUUAAAACGGACUGCACAGUGCGUAAAAUCGUGAGACAAAUCAAUGACUUCUUGGUGCAUGUUACGGUGAAUCGUCAAAUAACAUUAAACGGCGUUAUAUGAAUAAUUAGAAAAAAUAUGAAAAUAACAUUCUAAUUAAAAUGGUUAUUGGGAAAGUGAAAUACUAUACUUCUAUUCCUUGGAUGGCACUGGAUUAAUCAGGGAAGUAUUUCAUGUGCAAGUGAUUCGAUAACAACUACCAAGUACAACUCGAAGAUGAAAAUCAGACUCGACGCCGCAACAACUAUCUUCAUGUCGACAAUAGGAAUUUUGACAGCGUGUGAGGAUGGCUGGGUCGAGUUCCGAGAAUGUUGUUACUUUUACUCCGGAUUUAAAAGCUACCCCACGAGGAAUGAGGAGAAUAAUCCAACCGACGCAUCAAUAAAAGCCUCCAGUGACACCUACUACGUGUCCUAUGGUCACCGAGCAGUCACGAGUUACAAGGAAGCACAGGCAGAAUGCGCCAGAAAGGGAAGUCAGCUUCCUUCUUUGUCAACUAAGGAAGAAGCAGAAUUCAUUGACUCACUAAUCGGAGAACCUAACAGUUUUGUAUGGAUUGGGAAUACAGUCGAGACCCUAAACGGCAGAGAUGAGGACAACCAGGAACACCAUUCAAAUAAAUUGCAACGUCCUUCUACCAAAGAUAAGACUGCAAACUCCAGUCCAGAGAGAGCUUGUGCUUUCAUAAAUGCAACAAGAAAGAGGAUUAUCUUCACAAACAUCUGUGAGAAGCAACACUUCUAUAUAUGUGUGAAACCAAAGAGGCGAAGCAGAGAGAAUAAAUCUAGACAGAAAAGAUAUGACCCACCUCUAUUAGGAUAUGAACCGAGGAUAAGGUUUCCUCUUCACGAACAUGAUUUUCUUCACUCUGACGAACAUGGUUUUCAACACCCGUUCUUCGGGAGACCGCCACUGUUUCAGUCUAGGUUCUCCAGCCCUUUUGCGCGCCGUCCGAUAGAAGAAGAACGAUCCCCAAAUAUAUUUCAGCCAAGAGUGACAACCACACCACCACUUUUGCUACCACUUCUGCAAAACGUCAAGCACCGGUUAGGCCUGCGAAGACCUCAUAAGUGGAAUCCAUUUGCUUUGGACGCACCUCGCGGGAGUCUAGGCUUUCAUCCUCUCCUAAGUGAUGAACCAAAUGCGGCCUCAAGAGAGAAAGACUCGGUACCUAUCAACCCACCAGCUACUUCCUUGGACAGGUCACAACCUCAGGGACUAGGCCCAGCGAGCGAGCGUAAAACGGAUACUUCAACAUCUGCACACACAGCUCAAACACCGUCAUCACUGGCUGACGCAAAGGCAACCCUGACUUUGAGGAAGCAAUCUCAGAUCACUACAUCAAAGGACAAUAGUCCGUGUCAAAAGGGUGAAGCCUUCUAUAGCGGUUCAUGCUAUGCUAUGCCUGACCCUCUCUACAAACUGGACUUUGAAACAGCUCUCCUUGCGUGCCAGGAGAACGACAGCAGUCUUGUAAUCACCAACAACGACGCAGAAGAGGCUUUUCUGGCAAAACUGACUCAAAAUACAAAUAUGUCAUUUUGGGUUGGUUUACGGAACAACAGUGACAUCAAAGUUUCUCGGCUUCAGUGGAUUGAUGGAACACCUGUGAUCUCUCCAGACAAAUAUACUGCUAAUGGUGAAUCUGAGGGCCAGUGCGUGUCAGUGGCAAAUACCGGAAAUGCAAGUCUGACCUGGACACUGAAGGACUGCUCGGAAAAUCUGACAUACGUCUGUGAACGUGAAGAAAGGCCAGUGGUGCGUCUGGCAGAGGGCUGCCUGGAGGGAUGGGAGGACGCUGGAAAUCGCUGCUACAAAGUGUUUUCCAAGCCAGCCUCGUGGACUGAGUCAGAAAGACACUGCACAACGUUUGGAGCUCAUCUUGCCAGUGCUGGGAGCGUGGAUGAGGAGGACAUCCUACGACGGCUCUCCCAGUCCACUUUUGUGAGUGAUUUUUUCUCAUCUGUUUGGAUUGGUUUGGAGAUUUCUUCCAAAUCAAAUUACAGUUGGACUGAUAAUACCCCGAGAGGGUACUUGAACUGGGCAGAGGGCCAACCGGACUUCCACCAGGCCAAAGAGCACUGUGGGUCGGCCACCAGAGCAAGUUUCACAAUCCAUGAUUCGCCCUGCAGCGCAUUUUUGCCGUUCAUUUGUGAAGCUACUCCAGGCUCUAUGGUCAUCACCAAACAGCCGCCUCAAAAGAAACCAAACAGCACCUGCGAGGACGACCCAUCAUGGCUCCUUUUCAACAACCACUGCUACAAAAUCAUUUCCUCUGAUGACAACGCUGGAGAAUCUUGGUUCGAGUCUCGACGUCUGUGCAGAGAAAUAGGGGGAGAGCUGGCUUCUAUCCAUACCGUGGAAGAAAAUUACUGGCUCCAGUCACAGGUGCACAGCGUACAUGACAGUGUCCUGUGGAUCGGUGGUUUAGCUUAUUGGGGUUCAGGCUACGAGUGGGCAGACGGAACAGCUUUCGACUACAGCAACUGGGCCAAGGGAGAACCCAACAAUUACUAUGAUCAAGAAGACUGCAUUGCCUUGUAUACAAGGGACUUUGGCUACUGGAAUGAUCAGAACUGUGGUCAUAAACAAGGUCGCAUUUGUAAACGAGCACUUUGGACGAUGCACACACCUCAAGUAGCUACACCAGUCCCCGAGGGCAACUGUCCUGAAGGUUGGAUACAUACAGGUAUAAAAUGUUUGAAAUUCUUCAAAGCGAUGGUAACUUUCGACAGUGCUCGCAAGGCUUGCAAGAAACUGAGUGACAGAGCAGAACUAGCAAGUAUCUCUUCAGUAAAGGAGCAAGCCUACGUAACAGCAGCACUUGGGGAGUUGAAAAUGAAUAUGUGGCUGGGUCUCCGUUACGAACAAGGAUUCCACUGGCUGGACCAAUCAGCGCUAACUUACACAAACUGGGCUCAAGGAGAACCAAACAGCAAGAGGGAGAAUUUAAACCAAGGGUGGCUAAAUGAAGAUCGAAAUGAGAACUGCGUAAACACUCAUAUUUCCAACCUUGCUGGACUGUGGAAUGAUAUAAACUGCGAGGCACUCAAUGGAUACAUCUGUCAAAUAACACCGGAUUCCAGUCAACCCAGUAGUAAUCCAUUCCAAACCUGCAGUCCUCCUUUUGACAAUUACAUCAAAUACGACAAUAAGUGCUACCGGGUGGAGGCAACCGUCAAAUCUUGGAAGGAGGCUGAGCUGACUUGCAGAAACGAAGGGGGUCAUUUGGCUUCAGCUGCAAACAAAGCAGAGAGUUCAUGGUUAUGGGUUUUAGCCCAACAAUAUAACCUUGAAAAUCCAUGGAUUGGGUGCAACAACUUAGCGGAUCCAAAGGUCUUCCAGUGGAGUGAUGCAUGGCCCACACUAUAUACCCAAUGGGGGAAAGGUGAACCAAACAUCAGUUCCGCCAACCACAGCUGUUCUACUCUGAAUUCAGAAACUGGCUUAUGGUUUUUGGAAAACUGUGAUGAGGAGCGAAACUUUAUAUGUAAAUACACAUCAGAGACACCCCCUACACCAGACACACCCUCUGGAGGAACCUGCGCUAUUGACAGCUGGCUGGACCUUGGAGGGAGCUCCUGUUAUAACAUAGUCACUCAUGCAAGGCCUUGGAUGGACGCUAAUAAGUGGUGUGCAAAUCUUGGUAGUAAUCUGGCAUCCAUCCAUAGCAAGUCUGAGUUAGAUUUAAUUGCCCAAGCAGCUCACAAUAUCAAAGACCCAAUGUGGAUUGGCCUUAUACAAAUGAAAGAAGGGUUUGGUUGGAGUGAUGGUAGCGGCUAUGAUUUCAUCAACUGGCAGACAGGGGAACCAAACAAUGGGAGAGAAGAAUGUGUCGAAAUGUACCCUGGCUCAGGCCACUGGAAUGACAACGUCUGUAGUAAUGCAAGACCUUUCAUUUGCAAGGCUACAAAGAUAAACUUCGAAUCUGGCACCUAUGGAGCACCAGAAGAACGAACAUCUCAAGAAAACAACACUGGCACCAUUAUUGGAAUAGUAAUGGCACUAAUGAUAACAGUUCUCGGUGGCCUGCUAUGCCUUGCUCACUAUUGUAGAAGAAGACCCCAGCCUCUCUCUACAAGUGGGGCUUUUGGUUUUGAUAAUGCAGUUUAUUCUGGUGAUGAGAAUGAAAAUGGAGUUCCCAGCAACUCAUUUCACUUGGACACAAAUAUCACUGAAGGCGAUUAUGAGGAAAAUGAUACCGAUGAUGGAAGCGAUGAUAGUAAUUUACAGUAGAUGCUGAAGAUUCAUAAAAACACAGCGAUGUCAACAAAAAGAAGAUGCAGGCUACACUUCACUGCCAAUGAUGACAAACCUACGCAGACAUCGAAGAAGCCAGAAGGAUAUCUAUGAUUCCCUUGUUCAAAUAUAAAUGGAUCCAUUUACUCAUCAAACCCAACAGAAGAGAGACUACAUCAAAUGGCCUCAACUUUCACAGAAAUCUAAGAAGUAAAUGUGACAAUUAUUCAGUAAAAACUUGGUGAAAGGCAUUUUCAAUAAGCAACUCCAACUUGCAUCAUUAUAUACUAAUCAUAUACUAAUAAACCCUCUUAGUGAUUUAUGGUAUAGGAAAGCUUACAUUUAUUUAAACUGUACAGCAAGCAGAAUAAUAUGUAAAAGUUGAAUAUGUAAAAGAUAUCCUGAUAAAGAAUCAUAAGAAGGCAAAUCCCCCACAGAAUACAUUACACAUCUAGAUCAUUAUACUAACCGGAAGGCUAUGGUGGGGCCAUGAUGUAAACCUUUGUUUAUUGGAGAUCACGUAAACAAAGAUCCACUUUCUAUCUCAAAAAUCUGUUAAUUCUCAACUCCUGGCCUGACUCAAGUAGCAGGUAGGCAACCAAUGGAUAACAGAGACUGAAUAGGUGAAUUGAUUUUUUAAAAAAUAAAUUGUAAAAAGGUUUUUAUAAUAAAGGUUUUUUAUUUGCACAAACCCAUCAGUUGUAUAAUUUAUA